UUGAAUAUGAAAAAAAUAUUUUAAAAAGAGAAACUGAAGAACUUACUAAAAUGAUUCAAGAACAGUUACGGCAGGGUAGUUUAGGCCCUGCUGAGCGCCAAGUACUGCUACAAGAGUUGGACAAGAUUACCACUGCGACCCACCGUACAGAGAAUUUGCACUCCGACUAUACACUAUCUAGCAGUAAUGACGGCCUUCGCGCCUCCCUUUUUGUUGAUGAGGCGGUUGCAAAACAGCCCCGACUGUCCCAGGAUGUUCAAUUUUCUCCGCACCCGUCUAUGGCGCCGCUGGAUGAUCGUGGCCGCCCGUUAAUUGAGCGGUUUGAGAGACAGGAGGCACCACCCGCCCGCCAGUUUUUGAAUAUGGGUCAGCAGCCAUUUUUGUCUCAUGUAGAGGCCGAGGCUGCUUCUCUACAAGAACCUUUCGGUUUGCAACCGCAUUCGCUGUACCGAAUCCUCGACAAUUUGUAUGAGUCCACGGGCGAUGCUAACUUUCCCUUGAAUAUACCGCCCGGCCAGCUUGCGACUCUUACCGGUGCAGACUCGGCUGCUUAUCCACCUCUUUUGAUCCCCCCGCAGCCCCCUCAACUUCCCUUUCCACACACCUUCGGAUCUCUUGUUCAGGGUUCAGCAGCAGUCCCCACUGGCUCGGUAUCAGGAUUCACCCCUUAUAUCGACUCACUACCCGAUAACACCCUUUCAGGACCAAACUUUAUCUCUGUGAUAAAGACGCCCAUCUAUUACUCCCACCAGCAAAUGUUAAAAGUAGGUGAAGCUAUAGAUUUAAUAAAUCUUUGUAACCCCCGAACCUUGACAAAGCGCUAUGAAUCUGCCAUACAAAGUUUGUAUGAUGACUUUUCUAAACAGUGUUCUAGUUGUGGAUUAAGGUUUAAAGAAGGAUCCAGCCAUAGGCUUACUGAACAUAUGGACUGGCAUUUUCGUGUAAACAAAGCCGAGAGAGAGAAACACUUGAAGGUCUCCUCAAGGCGAUGGUUCUUGUCAGAGGAAGUACUCUUGCCGUAA